AUGCGUAGCGCUCUGCUCGAUGAGUUCCGCGUAAAUGGCAACAAGUCUAACAAGCGAUACGAGCUCAGAGACAUCUACAACCACGCCGUCGAGUUCAGCGGCGAUCAGCAUGGCUCGAGAUUCAUCCAACAGAAGCUGGAGACUGCUAAUAGCGAUGAGAAGGAGCAAAUCUUCCGAGAGAUUGAACCCAAUGCCCUCCAGCUGAUGAAGGACGUCUUUGGCAACUAUGUGGUACAGAAAUUUUUCGAAUACGGAAGCCAACUGCAGAAGAAAAUCCUGGCGGAGAAGAUGAAGGGUAAAGUGGUUGACCUGUCUGUCCAGGUUUAUGCUUGUCGCGUGGUUCAAAAGGCUCUUGAGCACAUCCUAGUCGAGCAGCAGGCCGAGCUGACCCGAGAGCUUGAGCCUGAGAUCUUACGAGUAAUCAAAGAUCAGAAUGGCAACCAUGUUGUUCAGAAGAUCAUUGAGCUUGUCCCAAGACAGUACAUCGACUUUAUCAUGAAUGCGGUGCGCGGCCAAGUUACUCCUCUGGCAUCCCACGCCUAUGGCUGCCGCGUCAUUCAGCGACUCCUGGAACACGGCACCGAGGAAGACAAGGCAGAAAUCAUGGGCGAGCUCCACGCUUCUGCCCAGAUUCUGAUCACUGACCAGUACGGCAACUACGUCGCCCAGCAUGUCAUCCAGAACGGAGAACUGGAGGAUCGCGAGCGGAUUAUCCAGUUGGUCAUGGGCCAGCUUCUCACGCUCUCCAAGCACAAAUUUGCUUCCAACGUAGUAGAAAAGUGCAUCGAGUUUGGCACGCCCGCACAGCGCACAACCAUUCGGGAGCAGCUGACCACUGCUGGGCCAGAUGGAAACAACCCCCUGCAACAGAUGAUGAGAGACCAGUUUGGUAACUAUGUUAUUCAAAAGAUGCUGGGUCAGCUACAAGGCGAGGAGAGAGAUGCCCUAGUCGAGGAGAUCAAGCCUCAAUUCUACAACCUAAAGAAGAGUGGUGCUUCUCGGCAGCUCCAGGCAUUGGAGAAACUCCUCGGAUUGAGUGGCUCCAAGAGCGAAACAUCUACUCAGUCAGACACCAACUCCGUUGCUGAGGUUCCCUCCCUGACACAUGAAACCAACAGUCCUCAGAGCAACAGCCCGCCCAGCACUCACGCCAGUGCUGUCGGGGCCCCAUCUAACGACACCGCAGACAAGGGCUCAAGCAAAUCUAUCCCUGGAGUGGCUCUACAGGUCCAAGAUGUUGAGUCAUAG